ACAAAAAGGUCGAUUGCCUCUUUGAAAUAAUUUUUAAAUGCAAAACCACAAUGGAGAUCAAUAUAAGUUACAAGACGUAACGUUAAUAAUUAAAUAAAGCGGCAACAGCGCUCGCGUUGGUGUCAUUCUUUUGAUUUUGACGGAUGCCUAACCUAUAAAAAUCAAGUGCCAAAAAACAAUAACAAUAAUAGUAUGACCUGUCCCGGAUGGUACUGCGGGCGGGAAUUACUGCUUGAUGGCACUCUUACUGCAUGUGGGGCUUGUCCCCGAGGCUUCCGCAGGAAUGACACGAAUUACAUUUGUGAGCCAUGCCAGGAUACUCCAAUAUUCUACGACUGGCUGUACUUAGGCUUUAUGGUCUUACUAGUUCUUGUAUUACACUGGUUCUUCAUUGAUAUGGUUGCCAUGAACAGAAGUUUCAACAAGAACAUUUUAAUAUUACACUUCACAGCAUUUUUAGAAGUGCUUUUAUCUUGUAUAUUCACUAUUUUGUGUGUAGAGCCAUUUGGCUUGUUUCAAAUAAGAAGCUGCAAUGUGAGAUCCUUAUCAGACUGGUACACAUUGCUUUAUAAUCCAUCUCCCAAUUAUGAGAAAAGAGUCCAUUGCACACAGGAGGCAGUCUAUCCACUAUACUCAGUUGUGUUUGUGUUCUAUGCAUUUGCUUUAGGUAUAAUGUUAUUGGUUCGACCAUGGAUUUGUAAGAAAUUUUUACCAAGGAAUAGAAUGUCUAUUUAUGCUGCUAUGUAUUUUAUUCCAAUUCUUACAUUAAUUCAUGCUUUGAUCGGGGGCCUUCUAUAUUAUUCGUUUCCGUAUCUCAUUGUGAUUUUAUCGGUAAUUUCUAGUGCAGCGCAUUUCGCUGGGAAAAUGAAUCAGUCUAUUUCAUAUCUGAUUAUAUUUACCUUCAUUGAACCAAGGAAUAUUGUUAUUUUGUUGGGUCAUUGGGCUUUACACGCUUAUGGUAUCGUGUCCAUUACACAAUUGACCAACCCCACGUUUCAUGCCUUGCUAAUAUUUUUGGUACCUCUUCCAGCAGCCUUCUAUAUUUUAACAUCUCGUUUCACUGAUCCAAGUAAAUUUCAUGUUAUGUAGCAUCCGGAUAUACAACGUCCCGUUUAUCUUUAAUUUUGAAAGUUCAAGGCAACAUUUUAUGCGUAUACAUAUUUAUUACUUAAGGUUAU